UCUUCACACCAGUGACCAUGUGGUUUCUGCUCCUGUGCAUCCAACUUACAGCAAUCCAAGCACAAAAUCGAAUAGCUUUACGAGGAUCGAGCCACCCUUGUGAGGGUCAUCUGGAAGUUUACCACAACAAUAUAUGGGGUUUGGUAGGCCAUCAUCAGUGGAGUCCCAAAAACGGUGAAGUAGUGUGUAAAUCUCUAGGGUGUGGUAAACAUGUGGGAUCUGGGGUUUUCGAAAAUAAAUACAAAAAACAUGCUUCAGUUUCACACUUUUGGCUGGAUGAAAUAAAUUGUACUGGGACAGAGGACAAUCUCUGGAACUGUGCGUCCAAUGGAUGGGGUACCACAACUUGUCAAAGUCACAACUACAUUUCAGUUAUCUGCUCAGGAUCAAGUACUCUGAAACCUACUCUGAGUCUCAAUCUAAAUGGAAUGAGUAAUGAGUGUGCUGGGGUGGUCCAGUUCAGAACACCAAACAGCAAGGUUGGCAUCUGUUACCAGACAUGGGAUGAUGCCAAAGGCAAUAAGGUGUGCCAAGAACUUGGAUGUGGAAAACUUCAGAAGACACUCAUGCCCAUUACCUUAAAUAAUACAGGAAGCCUUUAUAGCGUGUCCUUAAAUUGCAUGGACAAUGAAGACUUCUUAUGGCAGUGUGUGGACUGGGUAUCUGCCAAAGAACCAUGCCAAGAAGAAGUCCAAAUCAUCUGCCACGAUUAUACUCCUGUCCGUCUGCAUGGUGGGACUGAUGUCUGUGAAGGAACUUUGCAGAAGUACAUUAAUAAAAGCGAGUGGGCUAAUGAAUCGUGUCAAGAGUUUGAUCAUGGAAAGUUGGACAGCAUGUGUGCUAAGCUUAAGUGUGGCAGAGCUGUCAGUGUAAAGCCAUGCAAUGAAAGCAAGAACACCUGGCUUAAAUGCUCAGAUCGUGUCACGGUAGAACUAAGAGAAGGUGAAAAAAGGCCAACAAAAUGUUAUGGGGAGAUCUAUGUCAGCAGGAAUAGUUCUCACAAUGCAGUGUGCACCAAUGGCACCUCUUCUCUUGAGAAGGUUGGCAAGGUUGUGUGCCAAGAGCUGAAAUGCGGAACUCCUCUUUCUGUGUUAUCGGGCUCUGAAGUUGAGCAGGGCCAAAUUAGUCACGUUGAAUGUGAUGGACAGGAGAACUCUCUGUGGGAGUGCAAACACCAACAUGGUCCUGUUGAAAAGUGUCAAACCAUCACCGUUAUAUGCUCAGACUCUCUGGAAAUGCGACUAAGCAACGGUCAAAUGGACAAGUGCGCAGGCCAACUGGAGUUGAAAUUAAAGGAUGAAUGGCAAAGCGUGCAAACUACACCCGGGUUCUGGCCAGAGGAAAACUCAAAAAUGGUGUGUCAGCAUCUUCACUGUGGAAACUCAGUGAAUAAACAACAUACCUUUGUCAAGAGAAAUUUUAAACCAAUGGAUUGGAAGCUUCAAUGCAAAACCUCAAGCAUCUCAGAGUGUAAACUGGAACAGAAGAAAUAUGAUUACACGGGUUCAGUUAUCAACAUCAUCUGCAGCGAUUAUAAGCUCUGGUUUCUGCAGGGAGACUCACCAUGUGAAGGCAGAGUAAAGGGUGAAACUGGUGAAUACUUGCAAAACAUCACCAACGAAAUGGCUAAAGAAGUGUGUUUACGAAAUCGUUGUGGACAAGGAAUAGUCGUCCCGAAAAUUGAGAACAACAACAUGAACUCCUCAGUCUGCCAUGAAAACACAACCUCUUCUUCCAAUUGCUCCAUGAAGAAUGUGAUCAAAUCGCCUGAUUCUCAAUUUGUCUAUGUAAACUGCUCAGAAAAAAAAAGCUCCAGGAAGGUGUGGUUGCAGAAUAAGUGCUAUGGGAAGGUGCUGGUGUGCUCGGAUGAAACCUGCGGUGUGUGUGCAGACACCUGGACAGAAGCACAGUCAGGAAUGCUUUGUAAGAACCUGGGCUGUGGACAGGCGAUCAUUUCGAACUACAAAGGAGAGAAAAAGCCUGGAGUGACUGUGGCUAGUGUACACUGUUCUCAAUCAGCUGAGAACUUCAGCCAAUGCAACUUCAUAGAACUUAAAGAUAGCUUAUGCACAAGUGCCGCCUACGUUGCCUGCACAGGGAGUGUGAUAGCUGAUCUGCAAGACCCCAGAGAUAAGUGUGCUGGAAACAUUAAGCUAUUUUACUCUGGUGCUUAUCUCCCACUGUGUUACAACAGCAUCGAUACCCACACACAGGAUUUGAUCUGUAAAACCUUAGGCUGUGGAGGAGCCAUCGAGAAUAGUUUUAGUAAGGCUAUCGACAGCAGCUAUAAAAAAGAUGGACUGACAACCGUCACUUGUAAAGAUGGCAAUAGCAACAUUUCCAGCUGUGACUUCUCUAAGACUAAAGUAGAACAAUGCCAAGUUGGCCAUCUCCAAUGCAAAGAUUGGAAAAGGCUGCUACUUAUCAAUCCUUAUUCCGCCUGUGAAGGAGCAGUCUUUAUCCAGAAUCAAACCGACCUCUAUGCCGUUAUUAGUGAUGGUUGGGGCAAUCAGGAAGGUAAAGAACUGUGUAAAUAUCUAGAGUGUGGGGAGCUAUUUAACAUCUCAGGUACAGCACAGGUGAACACUGGUGUCUGGAGCAGCAGCUACCACUGCACAGGGAACCCCAAAAGCAUCUGGGACUGCGAGAAAGAAAGUUCACCAACAACGAAUAAUCAGCUAAGCAUCAGCUGUACGAACAAGGACAAGUCUCAAUUGUCAUUUACCAGUAUCGAAGACAACAACUGUACAGGUGAGGUGAAACUUAAGAACGAUCCUGUGUGUUACAAGUCACAGAACACGGGGCACGUGUUCAAUGAGUUGUGUCAACAAAGAGGCUGCAGUACGUCUUUUAGGACCUUUCCCACCACGUACAAAGGAAAAGCACGUUACGUAAGCUGCACAGGAAAGGAAAGCAAUCUUCAGCAGUGCAAUUCAUGGACAAAUGAGUGCACGGAUGGUGGUGUCAUGUUGGCGUGUACAAUGGCAUUUAAAUGGAACUUCAGCAGCACCUGUGGAGGCAAGCUUCAAGUGAACUAUCGGGGAAAGUUGGAAUUCGUCCAACCUCUAGAAAACAUGACUGAUGCAAAUAGGAUAUGUAAUGAGCUGAAGUGUGGAAAUGCCAGUACUAAUAAGUUUGGGAAUAUUAAAAAUAAAACCACCAUUGACAUAAAAAUUAAGUGUGAUAAGAACCAGAAUUAUGUAAAGCACUGUGUCAAAUUUGAGCCACGAGAAACCAGGACGAUUGCAGUAAUUUAUUGUGAUGAAUAUAAUCUUCCAGUAGAGAUAUCUGCACCAGAGACCGGACUAAUUGUAGGGAUUGUGGUGGGACUUGUGCUGGUGCUGGUGGCUGCACUGGUUGUGUUCUGGAAGCGAAAAGCUUUCCUCACCAUAUUAAGCUUCAAGUUUUCAGAUGAAAACCCUGAUGUGGAGUUGAGCGAGAAUGAAAUGCAAAGUUUAAAGGAAAAAGAUAUGUUCAAAGUGGAAGAUUAUGACAAUGUUGUUACCAGUGAGAACCAGAUGGAGGAUAACCAGAGUAAGGUAAGCGGCUUUGAACAUGAUGAGGAGAACAUGAGGACAAGUAAAGACUCCUCUGGGACUGAAUACGACGAUGUUGAUGAAAAACACGUCAAACCAGAAGACAGCAGCCCCACCGAACCAAGCCUUCCACCCAGACCUGACAACUUACUUGAUGAAGUGACAUUCGAAGCUGAAGUGGAGUCACAGGAGGAUUAUGAUGAUGUUCUUUCACUCCAGACUGUGGACAGUGAGCAAAGAGACGGCUUCAGUGUCCCUGGUCCAUCAUCAGCAUUACUGGUCUCUAAUGAUGAGGCCCAGUCUCAGGAAGAUGAGUAAUCAGGGGCAUUUUUUACUUAGAUUGGGACAUUUUUUUUCCUUUUAAAGGCAUGAAAAUUAUUUCACCUAAACAAAUAUAUACUUUACAUUAUGCUCAAAAGCACUGGCGUAAUCGCAAAUAGCAACAUAUGAAUGUGUCAUAAUUGUAAAUACUGGCUCUUGUAAUGUGCAGGAAAAUUUGCUUAAACUGUGUUUACACCAUUCAAACUUGUAAUACUGAAUAUUGAAAAAUAAAUGCAAUGCUAGGGUUUAUCAUCGACUUGAAGGGUGUUCAUGUCAAACCAGAACUUGUAAUGUAAUUUAUCGUGAAUUAAGGUGUAAAACUUAUUGACAUUUAUAAAAGACGGCAAACACAGUACAGUAAUUCGACUCUUAGCUGCAAUUAAAUAUUUGAACGGUACACAAUUUUUUUUAUUUUAGAACGCCUACCAAAUACCUUGUCCCCAACUUGCAGAGGAGACGCAUCUGUCUGUGGGAACUGUACACACAAUCACCUCCCAAAACCACUUGCACAUUACAGGAACUCGCUUAGGAGUUAUUGUCACAUUCACUAUAAAAUCUGAUCUUGCUCUGAACCAUUUCCACAUGUCUGCGCCAUUAAAGGAGUUCCUGGGAGACCAGUAUUCCAGAUGUGAAGCAGGCAGUCCAAUAAUGGCUAUGGUACACUGCGAAAACUUUCUACUCUGAUGGUAAUCAAGCUUUAUUGAAACCCUGGGAUAAGUGCAUUAGUGUAGUAGGGGAUUAUAUAGAGAAAUAAAGAGUUUUUACUCCCAUAACUGUGUUCUGGUGUUCUGCACAAUCAAAAAUCCUGGUUUGAUUUAAACACCCCUCAUACUAUAUAUAUAUAUAUAUAUAUAGACA